AUGGCAGGGCAAAAUGCACCGGCCCAGCCUCAAUUCUCAGAGGAGAGCGCGUGGGCGGGUGUAGAGGACAAUAUGGGCGACCCAGAAGAAGUGAGAGUCAUUUUCUCUGCUUUGGACUCCUUCUCACAAUACGCCAAAAUCGCCCAUUUUAAUGUCACGCAUCUCCGAAGGCGUUCAUUCUAUGCGCUACCGCAAGCGCAAUGGCAGAUGCUGGCAGCGCCUCCUUUCAACUUCCUGGAAACUCUUGACAAGGCAGACAAGGCCAUCGACUUCAACGCGGAGCUCGCCAGAGCGAUUCUCAAGUCUGGUCUACAAUCGUUCCAGACUAUGGCGGACCCAUCAGCUGGAGGAGACAUAGGCAUGCCGCAUGAAUGGGCAGGUGUCGCAAAGCAUCUAGACAUUGACAAGGCCAGAAGCACAAUCCGCCAGUUCUACCGUGACUGGACCACAGACGGCGCAAAAGAGAGAGAGGCUUCAUACGGCCCCAUCAUGAAAGCACUCGCCGAGGAAAAGUCCAAGUCAACAAGCGGGGAACUCUACAAAGUUUUAGUUCCGGGAGCUGGUCUUGGAAGACUGGUGUUUGACUUGUGCCAGGCCGGAUUUGAAGCUGAAGGCAAUGAGAUCUCGUAUCACCAGCUUAUUGCUUCAUCGUUUAUCCUAAACGAGUGCAAGGGUCCAGAGCAAUUUACCAUUUACCCAUGGGUACACACAUUUUCCAACCACCUGACGCGCGAGAAUCAUCUGAGGGGGUACAAGGUACCAGACAUCCACCCUGCGAUGACACUCGCUGCCACACCCGACCGUGGCACCAUGAGCAUGUGCGCGGCAGACUUCCUCUGCCUUUACGGCGACGAGGAGCACGAAGGACAAUAUGAUUCUGUGGCUUGCGCAUUUUUCCUCGACACGGCGCCCAAUCUGAUCCGUUAUCUUGAGGUGAUCAAACAUUGUCUGCGGCCCGGAGGCGUCUUGGUCAAUGUCGGCCCCUUGCUGUGGCAUUUCGAGAACAAUGCGCCUGGAAACCACGGCAAUGACGAUGACGGAGACGGCGAUCACGACCACAAAAACUCAUCUGGCAUUGCCGACCCUGGUAGCUUCGAGCUGGCAAAUGACGAGGUCAUGGCUUUGCUUACGCGACUGGGAUUCGUCGUCGAGUGGUUGCAAACAGGCAUCGAAGCGCCAUAUAUUCAGGACAGAGAGAGCAUGCUGCAGACGACAUACAGGGCCAACGCCUGGCUGGCCCGGAAGCCACUUUCCGAAUCGUCAUGCUUGGUGGAGGAUAAAAGCAUUCGCAUCGGUAAUGUAAAUAUUUGA